AUGUCGGGCUUCCAGAUACCCGGUCUGGGCCAGGCCAAACCCAACGAGACACUACCGCCGCUGCCAUCCGAUCUGAUUGCUGCCGCAGCCAGCGCCGCUGGACACGAAGACAUUCCCCAUGCGCCCGCGCAACAAACCACAGAAAACAUAGCCAUGUCGACUACGACUGCGGCACCUGUUGAAACCCAAGUCUUACCAGAUGCCGAUGCCAUGGUCCUCGACGAGCAGCCGCCUGCCAGCCCACCCUCUUUGACCAGCGCCCUUGAAGCUGCCAUCGGGGGUCUCGCUAGCGAACCCGUGCAACACCCGCCUGCGCAAGAGCAGCCGCAGGAGCAGACAGAAUCGGUCCCUCUACAAAACGAUACCGGCGAUAACCCCGAAUGGGAAAUUGACUCCUCCCCUUACGAGUCGUCCUCUGAAUCCAGCUCCGACUCGUCAUCCGACGAUGAAUCAGACGACAACGAAGGCUACCAGCUGCUUGGCGUUGAGGAGACGGCGCGCAUGCUCAUGGAGGCUGAGGCCGGAUCCGACGACGAAGCAGGCGGUGGCCCUAGCGGCGGUAAGUCAGGCAACACGGCGCACCUGCGCACCAAGAACGAGCUUGCCGAAGAGGAGGCCAUCACACUCCCCGACGUUACCAUCACCGAAGACAUGCCUCUGGAAGAACUUGGCUCCAUCGAGCACACAGUCGAUGCCACGGCGCUCAUUCUCGGUGCCAUGCCCGGCGAGUAUCAAGUACUUGACACCGGCUCCGUCCUAUGCACCGCGUCCCGCCUCGUCGUUGGCACCGUUAGCGAGACCAUUGGCAAGGUUACGCGCCCUAUGUAUACGGUGCGCUUCAACAACGCCGACGAGAUGGCGACUCUCGGCGUCGCCGUCGGGACUAAGCUAUUCUACACACCCGCCCACGCAACUUUCGUCUUUACCGCGCCGUUGCGCGCUGUCAAGGGCUCCGACGCGAGCAACCUGUACGACGAAGAGGCCGCUGACGACGAGGUCGAGUUCUCCGACGACGAGAAGGAGGCCGAGCACAAGCGCGCCCUCAAGCAAAAGAAGAAGGACAAGUGGAAGGCCAACAACCCCGAGAAAGCGGCGGCUGCGGCGGCUGCAACGGCGGCACGAGCAAGGGACCACCCGCUCCGCCAGCAGCACAACGUCGAUGCCGGGCUCAACUACGACGACGGGGACGAGGACGGUCCGUAUAAGCCCCUCGCGCGGCCUUCGUCGCUAGCUAGUGGGCCCGGCGCGUCGCAGUACGACCAGCCGUCAUCCUCUCGCCACGGUGGCGGCCCCGGUGGGCGACGCGGGGGCGACUUCCGCGGCCGUGGGCGUAGUGGCGGUCGCGGCGGUCGGGGAGGAUAUGCCCGCGGCGGCGGCAACAGCAGAGAAGGCUACUCGCUACCACCUCAGGGCAACCAGUACCAGAACCAGUAUGCGCAGCCGCCGCCGCCAGCGCCGCAGUCCUCAUCCAUGCCGCAGGUCCCGUUCGGGAUGCAGUUCCCCGGCUGGCCGCCCGCGCCCGCGCCCGGUGCCGUGCCUCCUCCACCACCGGGCUGGCCUGGCUCUGCUGCUGCCGCUGUGCCGCCGACGCCGACGCCGCCGCCGCCGCCCCAAUUCACCGGACAGAGCGGCGCCGCGGGCGGUCUUAACCUCGACCCGGCCAUGAUUGCGGCUAUCAUGGGCCAAAUACAGGCGCAGGCCGCGAAUAACGCCGGCGGUGCGUGGGGCGGCCAGCAGCAGCAGCAGCCGCCGCCGCCAGGCAGGUAG